UGCUGGGCACACCAGCAUCUCCAGAAAGGUCCGUGCAGGGUUCACCCUGAUCCUACUAUUGAGGAGACAGUGUCGAAGUUGGAAGCAUCUCUUUCAGUCUCCAGGCAGCGACUGGGCCGAAGGAAACUUGAGGCAGAAGUCCCUCUUCUAUUGCUGUUGGAUUUGUGCUGGAGGCUGUGGUUACCUGCUUGGUGCUGCCUGCAGCAAUAGCUCUACACCAACAGAUGGUGACUUCCAGGGACUUCUCUCAAGGUUCUAUAACAACUGGUGAUCUAAUUGAAAUCUGCUGUUACUUACUUAUCUAGAGAAUUUCCUGUUUUGAUCUGCUUCCGAGUAUUUUUCCAAGUAUAUUGAAAAAGAUGAAAAAAGGACCAGAAAGCAGUGCUCAUCUCCUUGCUGAUCCAGGCAAUUUAGUGGACUCAAAUCCAGACAAUAGCAGCAGCACCGGAGCCUCAGCAAAAGAGAAAAACAUGCCUUCCUCUUCUGCAGAACUGGAAAACGUACAGCUGCAACCCAGCAAAGAAACAUCCAGAAAAAAACUCUGUGGCUAUUUAAAUAAGCUGGGCAUCAAGGGGCCAAUCAAGACCUGGAAGUCUCGCUGGUUCUUUUAUGAUGAAAACAAAUGUCAUUUACUAUACUACAGAACUGCACAGGACAUAAACCCUUUGGGGUCUAUUGAUCUCUCCAGUGCCAGCUUUGACUGCAAGGUGGAAAAUGGGGAAGGGGUUUUUGAGAUCAGAACACCAAGCAGAGUCUUCACUUUGAAGGCAAUCAGCAAACAGGCAGCGAUGUACUGGCUGCAGCAGCUACAAACGAGACGCUGGGACUUUUGCAAUGCUCAACGCAGAUUUCCUGUGGGCAGCUCCCAGCUUGUGAAUGAAUCUCUGGCUGGCAGAACAAAUGUUGACAAUGAAGACUUUCUGCCUCCUGUGAAAACACCAACAGAAGCAGUGGGCUUAAAGGCAGCAUCUUUGCCUGCACCUCAGACGUCUACUGCUUUGCAGAACAUCUCCCUUAAGCACCCCUGGACAGAGAUACAAAACACUGUCUACAGUAUCUGCAGCUCCAAGCAGCUCUGGGGGAACAAUGGGAAUGUCUUUAGCUUCAGUGAAUUCCAGGAGCAUCUUGAAAACCCGGAUAAGGAACAGGAGGCAGAAGUGGAGGCAGAGUGUGCAGUUAAGGAGGGGAUCCCAGAGGAUGGAAGGAUGGAGUCCAGGCUGAACUGGCUCAGGAAAACCAGAUGGAUGAACAGUGGCUUCCCAGGCUUGCCUGAGGAACUGUCCAGGGAGCGGAGCCCAAUGGAUAAAGUGAGUGUCCUACAGCAACAGAUCCUGACACUCACAGAAGAAGUCAAGUCACAGAAGGAGCUGGUUAAACUUCUUCACAAAGCUCUGGAGGCAGCCCAGCAGGAGAAGCGAGUAUCUAGCAUGUAUCUCACUGCAGCAGAAGAUAAGGACAGGCUGGAGCUGGUGCGCCACAAAGUGAGACAAAUUGCAGAUCUCACCAGUCGACUAGAAGCUCUUGAGCAAGAAAAGAAGGAACUGGAGCAGAUUCUGUCUCUGAAAGACAGCCACAUCCAGGAACUCAAGGAGCAUGUGCAGCUUCUGAUGGAGAAGAACCAUGCCAAACAGGAAGUCAUCAUGGUCUUGACAGACCAGAUGGCCCGAGGGCUCUCUGACCCCCUGCAAGAAGCCAACACUGUCACUGCAGAGACAUUGUAUAAGCAGCAGGAGGAGAUUGAGCACCUGAAGGAUGAUAUUGAUGCAUACAAAACCCAGAACCAGUUUCUCAACUCAGAGAUCCACCAGGUUACUCGACUCUGGACAAGGGUAGCUGAGAAUGAAAAAGCCCUUCUGAUGAAGUGUGCCUGCCUGCAAGCCCGAAACUGCCAGAUGGAGAGCAAAUACCUGACAGUCCUGCGGAAGCUGCAAGAGGCUCUUCCUGGCCUGCCCAGCACUGAUGCUGAAUUGGUGAGGAACCUCAUCCAGGAAGCCCUCCAGUGGGAUGUGAAGGCAGAAGAAGAAGAAGGUUUUAACCUGAAUCCUGUCAGUGAGUAUGAUGAGUAUGGGUUUAUGACUGUACCUGACUAUGAAGUUGAGGACUGGAAACUUCUGGCCAAAAUUCAAGCCCUGGAGAUAAAGUCCAAUAACCUGCGAAGCCAGGAAGUAGUGGAGAAGCCCCUCCGUGACAAGUGGAACAGUGUUGGAGAGCUGAGCCCCUCUGCAGAGCUGAAGAGCCUGAUCCGAAGUGGCAUUCCAGUGGAGCAUCGGCAGCGGGUCUGGAGGUGGAUGGUCAGCAGGCACUGCAGCCACCUGCCUGACCACUACCAGCGGCUGCUGCGGCAGAGCAAGAGCACCGAGCACCCUGCCUACCGGCAGAUUGAGCUUGACUUGCCCCGCACGCUGACCAACAACAAACAUUUUUCAUCUCCCACCUCCCAGCUCAUCCCCAAGCUCCGGAGGGUGUUGCUCGCAUUUUCCUGGCACAAUCCUGCUAUUGGAUACUGCCAGGGACUGAACAGAUUGGCAGCUGUUGCCCUCCUGGUCCUGGAAGAUGAGGAAAGUGCUUUCUGGUGCCUAGUCCAUAUUGUGGAAAACCUAAUGCCAGCAGACUACUACAGCAACACACUGAUAACAUCACAGGUAGAUCAGCGAGUCUUCAAAGACUUCCUGUCAGAGAAGCUCCCUCGCCUCAUGGCUCAUUUUGAGCAGUAUAGUAUUGAUGUCUCACUCAUCACCUUCAAUUGGUUUCUGGUGGCCUUUGUGGACAGCCUCAUCAGCGACAUCCUCCUGCGAGUGUGGGAUGCCUUCUUGUAUGAGGGAACUAAGGUGAUUUUCCGCUAUGCUCUUGCCAUUUUUAAAUACAAUGAGGAGGAAAUCCUAAGAAUUCAUGACAGUGUGGAGAUCUACCAGUACCUACGCUUUUUCACAAGAAUGAUCAUGGAUGGCAGGAAGCUGAUGAACAUUGCCUUCAAUGACUUAAACCCCUUCCCUAUGAAACUGCUGAGGAACCGGCGGUCAAUGCACAGGGAAGAGCUGGAGGCAGAGCUGUGUGAGCUGGAACAGAUCAAGGCAGCCUAUGUAAAAGAGAGAGCAGAGCAGGGGCCUCAGGACGUGAAGGAGAUUGUUAGUGAAGAGGAAGAAGAGAUUUAACAAAAACAGUUCCUCAUCACUUCCCCUCUAGCCUUUCAGGUGGUCUUCAGUAGCAACUGUCUUGUAAGAGAUGGAGCAGAGGGGGAAAGGUGAUCACAGCAGGAAGCAGGCCUGUAGGUAUAUGACCAUUUGGAGACCAAGCCAGACUUUUGUAGUGGAUUGGAAGAUGUCAAAGGAGUGUUAUCAUUUUCUGUAUUUCUCCCCAUUCAGCCCACUCUGCCCUGUGAGGUUCAGGGUUACAGCUGAAGUUCUAUAGGAAAUAUGAAUUGAGGUACCAUGACAGAAGUUGAUAUGGUGCAAAAGACACAGCCGAGCAGCACUCUUCUACCUUUCUGAUGAAGGCUUGAAAGACAUCUUGUCAUACAAGUACAAGCAACAGAAAGAAUGAACCAAGAGCAGUCCCACAUUGGUACCUAAAUCUUCUGAAUUGGUCAGUAAGGAAACAGGUCUUUGAAGGCAUGGUGCCUUCAGGGGCUAGGCUGCCAGGAGAGCCUGUGUUUAACAUUGCAGUUACUGUCAUGACACUCUCCAGAUGAAUGUUAGGCCUGAGGAAGUUCUGGAAGCUGGAGGAGGUCUUAAUAUGAUACUCAGUCUGGGACAAAUGAAAAGAGCUGUGGGAGUGCAGAGUUGCCUCUCCAGUCUAUUUCGGUGGUUGCCUGGUUUGGAAAUGCUGGGAGCUCCCUGUCCUCUUUUCUUAGCUUUAAGCAGAGCGAGUGUCUGUGAGUUGGCCUGACUCCGGCAAGACUGUGCCUCCCAGAGGUGAGUUUGCUCCGCAGUGGAGGUCUCAUCUCAACUGCUUCCUGGCUGCAGGCAUGGCCCAGUGUUAUGGAGAUUCUGACUGCUGAGGAUAGUUGGGUCUUCUGAUCACCUCACUCUUGGCUAGAAUGAGUGUGUGGCCAUCUCUCUCUGCCUCGCAGUUAUGCUCCUCCUGUGCCAGGUUUCUGUGUUGAUGUCCCUGUCUCUGACUCACAUUUAUUAUGGGAGGGAGGUGGUCCUUUCUCUAGAAGUUUCCAAUAUCUAAAAUGUUGAUGGAAUAUGGCAUUCUGGGGAUAAACCUGCAAGCCACUUGGACUAGCUUUGUGCAAAAGAUGGCUUGAUACUCUUUAGAAAAAAACUAGUUUCCACUGAACCAAGGAGCUGGACUCCAUGGGUCUAGGAAACAGAGAUGCCUUGCCUACCUCUGGGAAUGGUGUCUUACAGCCUUCUCCCUUGCCUCCCAGGCUCGCCCAUCCCCUGGGCUGCAUGCCCUGCUUGUGCAGCUCAGUCCUCCACAGACCCAGGAUGAGUCAGGUGCUUCAGAUAAAUAAAAUAUCUUUUCCCUAACAUGGUGCCAUGUCUGGCUGCCCCACUUUCCUGCUGAGUGGUGCUUUAUUCCACGUGUGCCAUCAGUGCUGGCACUGACAGCGUGCAGAAGACCCACUGUAAGGAGGGCUCCACGUUUUUUGACUGACCUUGAACCCAAGCCCAUUUAGUGGAUGAUUCCUCCUGUAGACAUCUUGUAGUGUAGAAUCAUCACUGCUUGCAGAGGAAGGGAAAAGAACAUUCAUAGACCAAAGUGUUCUCAGCCAGGUGGGCAGUAGCAAAGAUCACAGACUUCAGUGGAAACAGCACCAGCCUCUGUUCACCUGAGACACAUGGUCUGCCUCAGAUCUGCCUUUGGCACAACUGGACAAAUUAGCCAGUUUCAAAUAAUUAAAAAAGCCUGAGUUGGGAAAGAGCUGUGGAGGCCAGCCAUGUAGUACAGAGGUAAUCAAAGUGGAAAUGACGUUUUGGGAAGAGUGAACAGAUGGGCAAGAGCGAGGUAGACCUCCUGAAUGUCACUGACAGCAGCAGCACACAUUGAAAGCGUGGGACAAGAAAAUGUUGCUGGAGUCCUACCACCUCUUACAAAAAAAAUUAAUAAAAAAUCACUGGUUAAAAUGGUGCCACCUAGUUAGAGAAACUCAAAAGGCAGAAGGUUUUUAUUUAGAGAUUAUAUUACUGAUCUAAUGUACUCAUGGUGCAUGAGAGCACACAAACACAAAUGCAGAUUUUUGCUACUGUUAUGGACUUUUGAAAGGCAUUAUAUUUUAAACCAAGACCAUGGAAAUUAGAAGUAUCCAUACAAUUAUAUCUUUCUUACAGCCUCUUGCAACAGCUUAAUCAUCCUUUAUUCCAUCCUACCCUUAUUUUUUUUAUUAAAAAAGCAUUUGAAACAUGCAUUAUUAGACCAAAUCAUAGCCUGACAUAUGUCUACAGUAUAUAAAUAAAAAUUGGUCUAUGUUGCAUAUAAUGACCCAUUAAAAAAUAAACUUUUCU